UUGAACAAGGUAUAUACAUAUUUUAGCCCCGAUUCAUCUGUACAUUUGCCAUCUUGGCAAACUGCCAGCAGUCCAUACGCUGAAGAACCGAUUGAUGAUGGCUGUUUCCUUGAAGAGACGUCGUCGUUUUCUACAUAUGACAACGUCUGUGACGAUGAUGAGCACAUUUAUCAUGAGUUAGAGCUUUGUUGCCGUGCACCUGAGCGAAGCUACAGUUCCGAACAGCUUUCAAGCCUAGACGAUUCUCGUUCGAGCUCUCCUCUCUACGCUCGACCCGAUUCGCCUAUCUAUGCUCAACCAUGGACUCAUUACCAGAUCGUCCCAAAUCGCACUCUACCCAAUGUCGUAUUAGCGCAACGUAACCCUUGCGCUAAACCGCUUACUGUACGAAAUCAGUCGUUCCGUAGGAUACUUCCUGAAAUCCCCAAUGACUAUGCGGAGCCUUAUGCUGUCUCUUCUUCCAUAACUUAUCUGGAGCGUACGAACUCGGUGGUCUAUCCGGGUUCGUAUUUUUCAAGGGUCACAUCAAAGCAAAUCUAUGAGGAGCCAAUGAAGGAGAAGGACCCAAUGGAUGAGGCUGAGGAAGAGUUCCUUACAGAGUUGGAUGCACAGAUUGCUGAACUGCAGGUGAGCUUGUGA